AUGUUAACCACCGACGAAUUGUUAUUACUAGCACUAUUAGCUAAAAACCCUUCACUUGACAGUGGUGAAUUGGCCGCGAUUUUUCUGUUGUCAAGUCAAAAUCAUCUUCUAUCUGAAUGUAGUUCCUCAUCGUCGUCAUCACAUCAGUCGAUGGAACAACGUCCAUACUUUGGCCAGCGGGACGGUCACAUUAGAGAUGCAUUACUGGAAAAAGAGCUGGAAUGGUUGGCCAAGGAAGACCGUGGUAAAAGAUUACGGGUCGAUAGACAAACAUUUCACAAGUUGUUGGCAAAGUUGCACCCAUACAUGGCUAAAGUUAAAAAUGGAUUAAAAGUGAGUGCCGCCAGACGUUUAACGGCAACACUUAGAUUUCUCGGUACCAGCUCUACGCUACAAGAAAUUAAGGUUGACACACACAUAUCACCUCAAAUGUUAGCAAAGAUCAUUGUAGAAACUUGUGACUGUAUUAUAGAAGCACUCAAAGACUACAUUAAGUGUCCUCAAACAGAAGAAGAAUGGAUGCGAGUAUCAACAACUUUUGAACGUACUACAAGGUUCCCGUCAUGUUUAGGCGCUGCAUGUGCACGCCAUAUUGAACUUCGCAAGGCAUCUAAAGCAGAUUCUGAUUAUCUUAAUGAACGUCGUCGACCCAGUGUCUUAUUAACAGCUGUAGUAGAUUCCAAUUAUGAGUUCCUUAUAGUAGACACGUGCCCAAGUGGGCAUCUUUCUGAAGAUAACCCACCAAAUAGAAUUUUAGAACGCAAAUUGAAAACAACAAAGUUACCAUGUCAGCUUAACUCUAAUCAGUUACCUUAUAUAUUCGUAGCUGAUGAAAGUUUUAAGCUUCAGGAAAAUUUUAUGGUGCCCUACAGAGCAGUGAAUGAUAAAGGUGGUGAGGCUAAUAAACUAUUUAAUAGACAAUUAGUCAGGGCCAAUCAAAGAGCUGCAAAAACUCUGGCCAUUAUGGCAUGGAGGUUUGGUGUACUCCAGACACCUGUUAACUUAGAAGCAAAAAAAGUACAAACCAUUGUUAAGGCUUGCUGUUAUCUUCACAAUUUCUUUAAGCGUGAAAGUGCUUAUUAUAUAGACAGUAACAUGGAAGCUGUUAUCAAAGCAGAUAUGGCUCCAAUUGUGUGGGGUCCAAAUACGACGGUUAUACCGCACAUUAAUAAUUGUGAUAGCGACCCACAAUAUGUAAGGGAUAGCUUUUCAAAAUAUUUAUAUACACUAUCUAAACACCAAACACGUGUCUGUAAAUAA